AUGUUGCAACCAGAUUCCUGUGCGUGUGGGAUGAACAAUAUAGAAUUGUUCCAAGUCCCCCCGACUAAUAUUGCUUUAGAAGACUCCAAAUGGGAAGAAUAUUACCCCAUUUCCAGUACUUUAGAUUCGGAUACGGCUCCUAUUGAAUUUGAAAUUAAUGGACAAGGAGAUCAAUAUCUGGAUUUAUCUCAAACGUAUGUUCAUAUGGUGUGUAAAUUUACCAAAGAUGAUAGUACUAAUCUGACUGGAGCUGGCAGUACUUGCGCCCCGGUGAAUAAUAUCUUACAUUCCUUGUUUACGGAAAUCGAUUUCAGUGUCAAUGGAAAAAUAGUGACUCCUGGAACCGAUACUUAUCCUUACAAAGCUUAUCUGGAGAAAUUACUUUCUUACAAACCCAGAACAUUAAUGACACAGAUGAGAGCUUGUAGUCUGUGGGAAAAAGAUACAGCAGGAGACAUGGAUGAAGUAGGGGUAGCAGACCUUGGAGUGGCUCAAAAUAAGACAUUUGAUGUAACCCCAGGUGCACAGGGUGCUGCUGAUACUGUGACCAUUAACCAACCUAUCAUCCCAGAGUUACCGGCCAAUUCUAAAACGAAGGAUUUAGAAAACGUCACCAGGCUAUAA